GCCGCCGCGGCCCGGGCCGUCGCCGCCGCCCAUCCCGGGCGUCUGUCCCGCUCCGGGGUCGCCCGCCGCGGCCUCCGAUCGGCGGGGCGCCCCGUCCCCGGGCGGGGGUGACCCGGGGGCGCCGGCCUCAGCGGCCCGAGGGCGCGGGGGGCCGGGUCCCCAGGCGGCCGCUCCGGCUCCUGCCUCCCGGACGCCGUUGCCCCGCGGGCCGCCUCCCGGGCGCGGGGGCAGGUGCCCGGGGCGCGGGGGCCGGGGCGCCCGCCGGGGUCGGCGGGGAGGAUGGCGAGCCCGGGCAUGAGCUGGCAGCAGCACUAUCACGGCGGCCCGGCGGCCAAAUCCGUGCCCUCGCAGCAGGCGGGGCACAGCCUGGACUACAGCCCGGACCUGCACCUAAAGAUGAGCAAGAAGAUCGCCCAGCUCACCAAGGUGAUAUACGCCCUGAACACGAAGAACGAUGAGCACGAGUGUGCGAUUCAGGCCCUCAAAGAUGCUCACGAAGAGGAAGUCCAGCAGAUUCUCGCCGAAACCAGAGAAAAGAUCCUGCAGUAUAAGAGCAAGGUGACGGAGGAGUCGGACCUGAAGAGAAGGAUCCAGGCGCUGGAAGCGUCCCUGGCGGAGCACGCGAAGGUGAAGCAGCAGGCGUUGGCCGAGUUCGAGGCCUACAAGCACCGCGUGGAGGACACGCAGCUCUGCGCGGAGGCCCAGCACGUCCAGCGCAUCGUCACCAUGGCCAGGGAGGUGGAGGAGAUCCGGAGGAAGUUUGAGGAAAGGUUGCGGAGCUUUGGGCAGCUCCAGGUACAGUUUGAAAAGGACAAAAGGUUGGCGCUGGAAGACUUGCGGACCGCUCACCGGCGGGAGAUCCAGGAGCUGCUGCAGUCCCAGCAGGAGGCCAGCGCCCCGGGGCCCAACGGGCAGGAGAAGGAGGGGGACCCGCUGCGAGUGGAGGUGGAGACCCUCAACAGAACCCUGGCAGAGCUGAAACUGGAACGGCAAAGGCUCAUUGAGGAUUACGAAGCCAAGUUGAAUAAGGCUCAGUCCUUCUAUGAGCAUGAGCUGGACACCUUGAAGAGGUCACAGCUGUUCACCGCAGAAAGCCUGAAGGCUAGCAAAGAAAAGGAAGCCGACCUCAGGAAAGAAUUUCAGGCACAAGAAGCAGUUUUACGGAAAACCAUAGGGAAACUGAAGAUGGAGUUACAGAUGGUUCAGGAUGAAGCUGGGAGUCUCCGGGACAAAUGCCAAAAGCUUCAGGCAGCCCUUGUCACCGCGGAGAACAGUGUUCAGGGUCUUCAGAAACAGCUUGACGAUGCCAAGCAGGGAGAGAUGGCUUUGUUAAGCAAGCACAAGGAAGUGGAAAGUGAGCUGGCAGCAGCCAGAGAGCGUUUGCAACAGCAAGCUUCCGACCUUGUCCUCAAAGCCAGUCAUAUUGGAAUGCUUCAAGCAACUCAAAUGAACCAGGAGAUCACAAUUAAAGAUCUAGAAUCAGAAAAAUCAAGGACCAGUGAGAGAUUAUCCCAGCUUGAAGAAGAAAAACAUUUUUUGCAAAGCAAAACCCUGAGUCUGGAUGAAGAGCAGAAGCAGCAGAUCCUGGAACUGGAGAAGAAAGUAAAUGAAGCAAAUAAAACCCAGCAAGAGUAUUAUGAAUUGGAGCUAAAAAACCUGCAAAAUAGAUUGGAAGGGGAGGUGGCUCAGUUAAAUGAGACCCAUUCUAAGACUUUGGAAGAACUGGCAUGGAAGCACCACAUGGCCAUCGAGGCUGCCCACAGCAAUGCAAUCAGGGACAAGAACAAACUGCAAAUGGAAUUGGAGGAACAAUAUAAAAAGGAGAAACUAAACCUAGAAGAGGAUAAAAGUCAGCUUCAACAAGAGCUAGAAAACCUGAAGAAGGAACUGGAAGACAAGCUGGGAACAGCCAAUCAAGAGGUUGGCCGCCUCCAAGACCUAGUGAGGAAAGGUGAACAAGGGCUGGGCUCUGCGGAAGGCCUCAUCGCCAGCCUCCAGGACUCCCAAGAAAGACUGCAGAAGGAGCUUGACUUGACCAAAGGCAGGCUGAAGGAGACCAAGGAUGCGCUAUUGAAAGUUGAGAGUGAGCUAGAACAAGCGAGGCAACAGCAUGAAGAAACACUUGCUGCCCUGAAAGGCGAGGAGACGCUCAGAGUGGACAGAAUGGCCCAGGACUUAGAAAUAAAAUGGACUGAAAAUCUUAGACAAGAGUGUUCUAAACUUCGUGAAGAGCUAAGACUUCAACAUGAAGAGGAUAAGAAGUCGGCAAUGUCUCAACUUUUUCAGCUAAAAGAGCGAGAGAAAAAUGCAGCCAGGGAUUCGUGGCAGAAGAAAGUGGAAGAUCUCUUAAACCAGCGGCACUCUCUGGGUGAAGCUUUGCAUAAAUCUAUCAACAAUAUCUCCUUGCUGAAACAGAACCUGGAGCUGCAGCUUUCCCAGUCCCAGACUUCUUUGCAGCAGCUGCAAGCCCAGUUCACGCAAGAGCGCCAGCGACUCACGCAAGAGCUGGAAGACUUAGAGGAGCAACAUCAACAGAGACACAAGUCUUUAAAGGAAGCACAUGUCCUUGCGUUUCAAACUAUGGAAGAAGAAAAGGAAAAGGAGCAAAGGGCUCUUGAAAACCAUUUACAGCAGAAACACUCUGCAGAGCUUCAGUCACUGAAAGAUGCACACAGAGAGUCCAUGGAGGGCUUCCGGGUAGAAAUGGAGCAGGAGCUCCAGACGCUUCGGUUUGAACUAGAAGAUGAAGGAAAGGCUAUGCUUGCUUCUUUACGCUCAGAACUAAACCAUCAACAUGCAGCUGCAAUUGAUGUGUUACGGCAUAAUCAUCAUCAAGAAUUGGCAGCUGCUAAAAUGGAGUUAGAGAGAAGCAUAGACAUAAGCAGGAGACAGAGUAAGGAGCACAUGUGCAGAAUAACAGAUCUGCAAGAUGAAUUAAGGCACAGAGAGCAUCACAUCUCUGACUUGGAUAAGGAGGUACAGCACCUUCAUGAAAAUAUAAGUGCCCUAACCAAAGAAUUGGAAUUUAAAGGAAAAGAAAUCCUCAGAAUACGAAGUGAAUCUAACCAACAGAUGAGGUUGCAUGAACAAGAUUUAAACAAGAGACUUGAGAAAGAGCUGGAUGUCAUGACAGCAGACCACCUCAGAGAGAAAAAUAUCAUGCGGGCAGAUUUUAAUAAGACUAACGAGCUACUCAAGGAAAUAAAUGCAGCUUUACAAGUGUCACUAGAAGAAAUGGAAGAAAAAUAUCUAAUAAGAGAGUCAAGACCAGAAGAUUUACAGAUGAUUACAGAAUUAAGAGCCAUGCUUACAGAAAGAGACCAUGUCAUAAAGAAACUAAUUGAGGAUAAUAAAUUUUAUCAGCUGGAAUUAGUCAAUCGAGAAACUAACUUCAACAAAAUGUUUAAUUCAAGUCCUACCGUUGGUGUUAUUAAUCCAUUGGCUAAGAAAUCUUCAGUAGGUUUAAUUAUGCCCUUUGGUGACUGGAAGAAGAAAAUGCAAAAGAUAUACCUCUCAGAACUUUCAAAUUAUUUUUGACUCCUAAGAGUGACUUCAAUUUCCACAAAUAGUUCUGAAGAAAACAUUAUUCUUUCCUUUUCAGUUAUACUAACAUAGGCUCCUUAUCAGAGACUCUGUGGUCACAGACUAUGAUAUAGAGGACAAUGUCUAGAUAGUGAGAUUAUUACUUUGUAAGUAAAGGAAAAGGGCCAUCUUAUCUAUUAAUUGUAUUUUUUCCAACCUCUGGAAUCAUUUCCAAUAUUUUUUUCAUACAUUUAAUUAGUAAAAUAUGGGAAUAUUUAUAAGUAUUUUACAUGUUAAUUUUUAUUUUGCAUAGUAAGAUGAUGUUCAUUGAUUCUAGAGGUGUGAAUAAAACAGACUAGAGUUAAUGAUUUACAAGCUGAUAAUUUUUUAAUAUAUAUAUUUUUUUAUUGAUUUCAGAGAGGAAGGGAGAGAGAGACACAUACACAUCAGUGAUGAAAGAGAAUCAUUGAUUGUCUGCCUCCUGCACGCCCCCCACUGGGGACUGAGCUUAAAACCCAGGCAUGUGCCCUCGACUGGAAUUGAACCUGGAACCAUUCAGUCCAUAGGCCAAGGUUUACCCACUGAGCCAAACCAGCUAGGGCCAAGCUGAUCCAUUUUGAUAAUCUGCUAUUGUAUUCCCCAUUUCAUCUGUUUAUUUUAAAGAACAAUUAAAAAUUUAAAAAUUGACUUGUUUUAUAAACUUUAAUUUUUUCUAAAAGAUUGUGAUCCAAUUAAGUGGGAAAGGAGACUUAAUUAUGCAGAUUUAAUGUUCUCUCUUCAGAAAGAUGGUGCAUUAAAUAUAAAACCAAAUUAUUUCUCUUUCUCUAAGUCAACUUUAGAUCUUAAGUAGAAAUACGAGGUUUGUUUCAAACUGUAUUGCCAAGCAUUUUCUCAUUCCCUUUUUUUUCCAGGCAAGGACUGCCUCCCUCUGACAGAUGGCUAAAGUUCACAGGACUCUCUCUUACUAUUAUGCUUAGUUUUAUACCUUCUUUUAAUUUUAGCCCAAAUCCUCGUGCUAUCUGAAAGACCUCCUCUUUCCCCCCCUUUUCCUCUCAGUAUUCUUUUCCACUUGGCGUUCUUUCCACCGCCUCCUCCUUUCCCCAUGAACCUUCCCUGAAUGUUUCUUCCUCACUCCUGUCCUGACAGCAUGUCUGUCUGUGAGAAUUCCAUGUAGAUGAAGAACACCCCCCAGGAUCCCCAGACCACAUUUUGGGUAACACUGGUUCAUGUUAACAUCCCAGUUUAGCAGAAAGCUUCCAAAACUUUCCCAUGCCAAAUUUAUAUCUUCUGUGAUUCCUCUUCUCUCACUUGUCCUUGUGCAGGGUUCGUCCUCACAUGUAUUAUUUUUAAUGCAGCAAAAGAAGAAGAAUGAUAAGUCACCAACAAACAGGUUUGUGAGUGUUCCCAAUCUAAGUGCUCUGGAAUCUGGUGGAGUGGGCAAUGGACAUCCUAAC